AUAGUGAUAAAAGUGAGAUGUAUUGUUGUGUAGCAUAGUGGUUAUCCUUUAGUUAAAACUCUGUAUGGACAUUUGUGGAGCAUGAUGCUUCUAACUGGUUGUUGCAAUGCUUGAUAUUCCUUCAGGUCAAACCAAGAGAUCCAAACGUACGCCAUCGCCCUCAUCAAUGCUCUUUUCCUGAAGGCACCCGAGGACAGACGGCAGGAGGAGUAUACUAACCCGCUGGAGCAGCACCUCACUGAAAUGGCAAGCACUUUGGCUCAGAAACACCUGCGAUCCAUCAUCCUCAAUCAUGUUAUCAGAGGAAAUCGGCCAAUCAAAGCAGAAAUGGCACAUCAGCUGUAUGUGCUGCAGGUACUAACCUUCAACCUUUUGGAAGAACGAAUGAUGACCAAAAUGGAUCCCAAUGACCAGGCUCAGAGAGACAUCAUAUUUGAGCUGCGAAGGAUUGCUUUCGAUGGAGAAAAUGACCCCACUGGUACAGAGAAGAGAAAGGCCAUGUACACCAAGGACUAUAAGAUGCUGGGGUUCACUAACCAUGUGAAUCCGGCCAUGGACUUCACCCAGACCCCUCCGGGAAUGCUGGCUUUGGACAACAUGCUGUACCUCGCCAAGGUUCACCAGGACACGUACAUCAGGAUUGUGCUGGAGAACAGCAGCCGCGAGGACAAGCAUGAAUGUCCCUUCGGCCGGUGUGCCAUCGAACUCACCCGAAUGUUGUGCGAAAUUCUGCAGGUUGGAGAAUUGCCUAAUGAGGGCUGCAACGACUACCACCCCAUGUUCUUCACUCAUGACCGGGCGUGGGAGGAGUUCUUCUGUGUCUGCAUCCAGCUCCUUAAUAAAACCUGGAAGGAGAUGAGGGCCACAGCUGAGGACUUCAAUAAGGUGAUGCAGGUGGUCCGUGAGCAGAUCACCAGGGCUCUGGCAAUGAAGCCGUCGUCUUUAGACCAGCUGAAGAAUAAACUGCGAGGCCUCAACUAUUCAGAGAUUUUGCGUCUGCGGCAGUCCGAGAGAAUGAGCCAGGAUGACUUCCAGUCUCCGCCCAUCAUUGAGCUGCGGGAGAGAAUUCAGCCAGAAAUCUUAGAGCUCAUCAAGCAGCAGCGACUCAACCGGCUGUGUGAGGGAAGCUGUUUCCGCAAGCUGGGGAACCGCCGAAGGCAAGAGAAGUUUUGGUUCUGCAGACUCUCACUGAAUCACAAAGUGCUGCACUACGGAGACCUCGAUGAGUCACCUCAGGGCGAAGUGCCUUUUGAGCUACUCAGUGACAAGAUCCCCGUCUCUGACAUCAAGUCUGUGGUGACCGGGAAGGACUGCCCUCAUAUGAAAGAGAAAAGCGCUCUGAAACAAAAUAAGGAGGUGCUGGAGUUAGCCUUCUCUGUCCUAUAUGAUCCAGAUGAGACGCUCAAUUUUGUGGCACCAAACAAGUAUGAGUACUGCAUCUGGACUGACGGGCUGUGUGCGCUGCUGGGCAGAGAGAUGGGCAGUGACCUGACACGCAGUGACCUAGAUACUCUCAUUAGUAUGGAGAUGAAGCUCCGCCUCCUCGACCUUGAGAACAUCACCAUCCCAGAAGCCCCGCCCCCCGUGCCGAAGGAGCCUAGCUCGUAUAACUUCACCUACAACUACAGCUGAGAACCCUGGAGACUUUUCUCUAUCCGUGUUUGUGAUGCUGUAUGGUUCGUCAAAUAGGAGAAAUGUGUUUAUAGCUUCACAGGGAGGUCCGAGGUCAGGGUCCACUAUAGAGCAGUUACUCCUGGAGCUGUCAGGGAUUCAGUGAGUGAAUCUCAUUUAUCAGUGCGGUCUCCAGGCAACGCUUCCCCAUUCUUUGCUAUUAAAAGGUAUAAAGCUGCCUAAAAAAUUUGCCUCAUGGGGUUUACAGAUCUGCAAGUUAGUCUUUAAUUGAGUACAUUUUAGUAGAUUGUUGCUUAACUGUUCAAUCAAAUAGUGCACUUGGUCUCCAUGGCAGCAACAGAUGAAGUGACCACUCCAGUGUUAAUACCGUGUUCACUAUGAUUCGGUCUAUCCCCCCAUAUGAAGGACGUAUGAUGUAACGUCACACAGAGUAGAGUGAGUGUGUGAGAGUGACAUUCAGCCAGUGUCUCGCUCAAAGUCACUUCAGUGGGAGGGGUAGUUGAUGUCAGGAGGUAUUAAACAUGAGGUUUCUGGUGAAAGGACGGUCUCCCUAAUCAGAACACCAUGCUUUAUACAAUGGUGAAGAUAUUUGACCAGCAGUUCAGUAUUGACAAGAAAAUGUGCCAAAUUCAGUUAUAAAGCUUGAAGCACUAUUUAAAAAUGUACUUGUAUAACAGAUAGGGUGCGAGAAUAAUAUCUGUUUGUUACUUUUAUCAUACUGGGACACAAAACCCCAGGGCUGCAACUAACAAUUAUGUUUAUGAAUUGACCAUUUGAUCUAAGAAAUAACAUAAAUAAGUUGUAAAUAAUCAUCACAAUUCCCUAGAAAUUCAGUUCUCAAGUUAACAUAAAUGUUGUUUUGUCUGACUAAUGUUCCAAAAACCACCAACAAAAUCAGUUUGCUACUGUUGAAGACAAAAGAAAACCAGCAAAUAAUUAUAUCUGAGGAGGAUCAAGUAAAAUUUUGCCUUUUUCUUAAAAAAAUGUAAACCGAUAAGUGUUAGUCAAUACUUCUGCAGAUUAAUUUCCUGUCCAUCAACUAAUCAAUCGAUACACUAAUUGUUUCCCUGCACAAAAGUGGUUCUGACAGCAUUUAAAUAUUUCUUACAGCUUCUGUUUACUCAACAUUCAUGCUGCUUCAGAUCGUUUGACUCACUUCUCUCCUCAGACUUACACAUCUUUUUAUAACAGUGUGAGUUAGAUAUACGUAUCCAGUUGAAUUGAAACUGUUCAAGCAGUGGUGAGAAGACACAGCAUUUCCGAAUUUAUGUAUCUGAGUGUGUAUUUGUGUGUAAAGAUUGGAGGUGUAAGUGUAAAUUGUUUAUGUUGAGAGAUGGACGGAAUAAUAAUGCAUUGCCUUAUCAGUCAAAGUUACCUUAUAUUUUGAGUAAAAGUAGCAUUUAUAAGCAGUACGUGGAUGGUUUAUAACACAUUAAACUAUAAUAUGUGUUAAUGUUUUUGUUAUAAUGACUUCUCCUAUGAACCAUCACUACUAGUGUGUAUACAUAAAAUUAAUGUUUGAUAAAAAAGUCAAAAUAAAAUAUAAUCAUAUAUAUUCAAGAGUUAACAUAUAGUAGAUUGUUACAAUAUAACAAUUUUACAGUAUGUUAUAAAUCAUUACAAAUCUAUUUGAAGGUGUGUUUAAAACAACUGAAAUUGUAGUAAUUUAUGUUUGCAACAAUGCUGUACUGUGUUAUUAAACACUGAUUAACUGCUAAAACACCAGUUAGAUCCUUCAUGGAGGAGUAACAGUUGAUGUUAUAAACCACUUAUUAACUGUUUAUAUGCUGCUUAUAAAUGCUAAAUUAGGUUUUUGUUAUCAUUUUUGGUAAGAUUAUAGUGACAAGUUGGGUUUCUUACCAGUUAAACAAACUUACCUGACAUACCAAGAGUAAUUGAUGCCCCUUGUGUUUCAAUUAAUCAGCAGUUUUGGGGCUGGAUUUUGACUUUUUAGGACACUGCACAGGCAAAAGGGACUAAAGAGCUGCUCUGCUGGCCUGUUCUAGAAACAAGACCCUCCCAUGAAUGGAAGCAGGUCAAAAACAGCUGAGUGACACGGCUGUGGGCAUCUAGUGCUGCUCAUGUAUCGUACGAGCAGACAGUAUUCUGUGCUUUGUAUGCAGUGAUAUCAAUUAUAGUAGUAUUGCUCGAUGUUGUUCUUAUUUCCGUAGUGCCAUUGGUUUGUGUAUUUUAAUCACUUGAGUCACUUAAUGUCCUGUCAAAACCAGUACAAAUCACUACUGUCACUUAUUAAUGCAGAAUAGAAUUAUAUUUUUGUAAAUGAUUGUACAAUCUUAUUAGCUGUGAAGAGAAUGGGUAUCGAACCAACAGCGUCGCUCUGUACAAUACAUUCAACACGCCCAUAACUGUGGAAGACAUUCAUACUAACAAAAACGUUUUUAUUCUUCACAUUUUUUUUAUUCACAACCACAUUUUCAAACUACAAGAUCCUCAUAUUGUUUAGGAAUGACACCCACUCCAGCACCCAAUGAUGAUGUCAGUGUUCAUGUAUCGUAUAAUGCUAAUGGGAAUAAUGGAAAAUGCCAUUACUGUUGAUGUUUGUGAAAAGGGACAUAUUUGAAGUUAGUUGUUUUCAAUAAUGUUUCUGUUGUUUGGUUUUUAACUAAUGUUGGAGCAUGUAAAGGUUCCCUGUGGAGUUUUAGACAUUUAGUAGUGCUGUGGAGCUGUCUUUCUUGGAGUGGGUCCCUGUUCUGUAUGUCUCAUGCACGCAAAUGAGGACGCAUAUGUGGUAAAAAUUCCUGCUAAUGGUAUUUCUUCACACUACUACAUUGAUCAACAGGUGGUUAUUCAAUGAGAAAUACUGCAAUGCUCGAGAAAAGGCAGUAGAUGAAUUCUACAAGCUAUUUAAGAUGAAUGUUAACAAUACUAGAUGUAAAAUAACUAAACAAUCACUCUGCAAAUGUUUUACGGCACGUUUGUUAGACCUCAAGGAUACACACUAGUUUUAGUGAGCAACACUGAAUGUAAACAUGUUUUGUUGGAUUUAAAAAAAAAAAAAAAAAAAAAAACUCCACAGGGCCCCUUUUAACUGCUCGAAAAGGGUUAUUUUAUAUUCCAGUAAGUCGUCGAACUGCAGCUAAAAUAUAUCAAUAAUGACAAAAUACCGCAGUGAGUAAAGGAUUGUUGCAUUGGAUGUACUAACAGUAUGACUUGGUACUCUUUUACAUGACUUGCUAAACUAUUUAUUUACACUUGCUAGUGAUCGUAAAGAAUGACAUGUUUGUUAAGAAAUAACAACAUAAAGUCAAAAUAUGGUUUACAUAUAGAUCAUUGUAUGUAUAUACAGUAUUGUGUUGCCUUAUUGAAGAAAAUGUAUUAUGUUUUGUGUGAAUAAAU